CCCCGCGUAGGUUGGCAACUCGCGGGACGGCUUCUGGCCGGCGCCGAGCCGCAUCGCCCCCAUCGCUGAGCAGUCGGUGUACGCGGCAACCUAUUUGCUCGCAGCGGCGGGCGCGCAGCUGCAGGUGCACGGCGUCAGCCUGAGCGGCGCGUCGAGUGGAGGCUCGAGCGGCAGCCUCGUUCUCUCGCUGCAGAACAACGGGCUCGCCCACAUCCUGACCCACCGCUCCGUCUGCGUGCGCGCCGACGAGGCGAGCACCUCGCUGGCGGCAUCCCCUGCUUCGGAGGCGGGCGGCGCGGCGCGUUGGUCCCACCAAGAUGGGAGGGGGCUGUGCACGCCGCUGCCGCCGCUCAAGGCGCGAGCCUCGCACUCCCUCCCGCCCCUCGCCGCCAGCUGGUCUCGUGCCGAGCGCUUCUUCUCCCUCUCGCUCCUCGUCGGCGAGCCGCGCCGCCGCUCCCUCGAGGCGAGCGAGCUCGAGGGGCGGCGCGAGGCGGCGCAGGAGGGCGGCCUCGCGCCGGCCUCGCGCUCCCGCAGCCUCGGCCAGCUCGGCCACCCCGCGGCGCUGCCCGCCGCCGCCGAGCUGGCCGUCACCGCGAUGAAGGUGCGUGUCUCCACCGACGACCGGACGGCGACGACUUGCAACGAGGAAUGCCUCUGCUCCGUCGGCGAGGCGGCGGUCUACACGCUCGCCGCCGAGUGCCGCGACAAGACGCGGCGCGGCGCGACGUGCCGCGCCCCGCUGCGCGCGAGCACCGGCACGAACUACGCCUCGGGCAAGGCGGACGAGUUCUUCGUCUGGCAGCCGGGCGCGUACCGCGAGGGCGGCGUGUGCCGCGUCUCGUCCACCACGCGCGACACGCUCAUCGCCGUGUACGCCACCUGCUCGCGCGUUGGGGCGCAGGAGCCGCUCGGCUUCUCAAACUCGGAGGGGCACACCGCGACGGUCGACUUCCCGUGCGUCGCCGGCCGCGAGUACCACUUGUUUUGGAACGCCGAGUACAUGCCGGGACGGCACGCCUUCACGCUCUCGGAGCGGUGCGACGGCGGGCGGUGCUUGCGCGCAACCGGCCGCCGCUCCCUCUCGAUCGUCGCGCCGCGCUGGGUGCGUUUCCGUGACCGCAAGAAGAAGCAGCGGGCGUGACGCGCGCCAUUGGCCAUUGCACUGGCAAACUGUCGUUUCGCGUCUCGACCCCCCCCCUUCCUUGGUCGUGUGCACAGCUCAGGAGACCGCGGUCCCGCCCGGUCUGCGGUGUCCGUUCUAUCGUAACCCCCUUUCUGAUUCGGUGUGUGCGUUUUUAUUUAAAGCCGUACUGUGGCUCCGGAUUU